AUGUUGGGGGUAAAAGACUUGCUUACCUCAAGAACAGAUUUAACUCGCCUCUUGGAGCCGGUAUUUCUUUUGAUCCAAAUUGUUUUUGCUUUUCUCAUCUUCAUGUUACUGAAACUGUUGAGGCUGUCCAGAACAAAAAAUUCAACUCCAUGUCUACCCCCAGGGCCAUGGAAGCUACCUCUCUUAGGAAGUAUCCAUCAUCUUGGGAGCUCUCUUCCCCAUCACCGGUUGAGAGACUUGGCUAAGAAAUAUGGACCUUUAAUGCACCUACAGCUUGGAGAACUUUCCGUGAUAGUCGUCUCUUCGCCUGAAACAGCAAAAGAGGUUAUGAAAACUCAUGAUGUAACCUUUGCUGACAGGCCUUAUCUUUUUGCUUCAUCCGUAAUAUGUAAUGGUGCUACAAACCUUACUUUUGCACCAUAUGGAGACUAUUGGAAGCAGCUUCGCAAGAUUUGCGCUAUGGAGCUUUUGAGUCCUAUGCGGGUUCAAUCGUUUAGGUCUACAAGGGAAGAAGAGGUCUCACACUUUAUCAAGUCUAUCAGUGAAAAUAUAGGAUCUCCAAUCGAUCUCAGUGAAAGAAUUUUCUCAUUAACGUAUGGGAUCACUGCCAGGGCAGCAUUUGGUAAGAAAUGUAAAGAUCAAGAAUCAUUCAUUUCACUUGUCAAGGAAGCUACAGCUGCAGCUGCAGGAUUCAACAUUUCAGACAUCUUCCCUUCUUCUACUGUGCUUCCUAUACUCACUGGAUUUAAGGCAAAACUUGAGAAGAUACGUGGGAUGUUUGAGGAGAUAGUUGACAACAUCAUUGAGGAACACAAAGCUAAAAAAAUGGCAGCUAAUGUGGGUGAUGCUGAUGAAGAUGAGGAUGAAGAUCUUGUGGAUGUUCUUCUGAGGUUUCAGGAGCGUGGUGAUGUUAAAUUUCCUUUGUCUAUUGCUAACAUCAAAGCAGUCAUUCUGGAUAUCUUUAGUGGUGGGAGUGAAACAUCUUCUACAACUGUAGAGUGGGGAAUGUCGGAAUUGCUGAAACACCCAAGAAUGUUGGAGAAGGCACAAACUGAGAUAAGACAAGUUGUUAACAGAAGAGGAACUGUUGAUGAAACAUGUAUUCAAGAACUAGUGUUCCUAAAGCUGGUUAUUAAAGAAACUCUAAGACUACACCCUCCAACCCCUCUGUUGCUUCCUAGAGAAAGCAGGGAGAGGUGUGAGAUCAAUGGGUAUGCCAUACCAGCCAAAAGUAAAGUUAUAGUGAACGCAUGGGCCAUUGGUAGAGAUCCCAUGUGGUGGAAGGAUCCUGAAAGAUUUCAUCCAGAGAGAUUCCUCAGCAGUUCCAUAGAUUAUAGAGGACUUAAUUUUGAGUACAUACCAUUUGGUGCUGGAAGGAGAGUGUGUCCUGGCAUGUCAUUUGGAUUAGCAAAUGUUGAGCUUCCACUCAUCAAAUUGCUCUACCAUUUUGACUGGAACCUGCUUGAUGGAAUAACAAAUGAAGACCUUGACAUGAAUGAAGCUUUUGGUGUGACAGUUAGAAGAAAAGCAAAUCUGAAUUUGAUACCUACUGCCUACCAUUCAUGUCCUGCAUAA